AGCGGUCCCGGAUGUUAUUAAUGCCUAGCGACGCCCAUAGACCGCAUGCUGAUUUUUCUCUAAGGACAUUUAAAGUAUAAUUGAGGAUCCUUUCAAAUUAAUGACAUAACUCAAUGGAUACUAAACCAGGAGAUGAUCUGCUGGAUCUCAGAGCCUCUGAGCUCGUUAAGAGUGUGUUAGACGGCGCUCAGUGCACGCUGACUCGCUCGCCAAUACCGGACAACAAACAGCUGGAUUUCAAGAUCAGGAACAUCGACUGGGUCGCUUGCAAAGACUUUACAAUCAGUGUAGGAAAAACCCAAAUCGAGGAGUAUAUGUGCACCUGGGAGGUGGAGCCGAGGUGGUUGUUCAGCGUCCAGUUCCUGCAGGAGAAUGAACUGGAGUUUGAGAAACAGUUCCACUACAGGGCGCUGUGGAGCAUGCCGAGCCGCCGCCGCCCUGUACCUCACAGCACAGCGUCGGUCUACUUCACCUGCAGCACCUCCUCUACCAAACCAAGCACGAUGCCUGUGCGAGUCAGGUUUCAGGUAGAAUCCAGCGAGACGGUGCAUACUCCAGGAAAAACCAGAUUCCGAGAAAAAUGGCUGAAGGACGUUAUUGAAAGCAAGGCACUGCUUAUGGAUACCAUCACUUUUUAAAACUGAAGUGUCAACGUGGUUUAAAGAAUUAAAGCCAAGCCUGUGAUUUAAACUGAUACAAAACCAACAUUUUGAUUUUAUUAGAUUGCAUUAAUUGUAUUUUUCAUUAAUUAUAACAUUUAAUGUAACAUUAAACUCUGCAUUGUGCCUGUUAUAAAAAUCUAUUUAAAUAAAUAUAAAUACAUACACUGAUCAGCCAUAUCAUUAAAACCCAAGGCAGGGUACACCCUGGACAGGGUGCAAGUCCAUCGCAGGGCACAAUCACAUACACAUUCACACACCCAAUCAUACACUACGGACACUUUAGACACGCCAAUCAGCCUACCAUGCGUGUCUUUGGACUGGGGGAGGAAACCGGAGUACCCGGAGGAAACCCCCGCAGCACGGGGAGAACAUGCAAACUCCGCACACACAGGGCCACGGCGGGACUCGAUCCCCGGACCCUGGAGGUGUGAGGCGAACGUGCUACCCUGCGUGCGCCCCUAUAAUUUUCCACGUGAAGAAAUUCUCCUAUCAAAAUAUAAAGAAAACAAAAUGGGUUUAUAGGGAUAAAUGCUCUUUUUGUAACUCUGUGCGUGGUAGCAUUGUUCACUUUGAACAGAAUCACCAAGUAGUUUUGUUUACAGUAAACGCUGUAUAGGGUGUAGGUGUAAAAUUGAAGUUAUAAUAAUGAAUUUCUGGUUGCAACAUUCACAUUAUGCAAAUUAUUUGCUUGUAGCUCACACCUCUGAGGUCACACAAGCAAAUAAAAUAGCACUCGAUCCAGCA